AUGGACCAGCAGAGAGCAGAGGAGUUGAGAGGGGACCCUGUAGUAUUUGGAGCCGCGAACACGAUUGUCGCCGCUUGCGGGCAGCUUGCGGCGGUGGUGCAUAAGCCAUUCUUUUCGUUGGUCGAGGGGGCACAAGGGGGUAACCUCAUUGCAUGUCUUCAAUUCCUUGAAAACACCCACACCGUUGAGAUCCUCCGCGAAGCGGGCCCGCAAGGGCUGCACGUCAAGGACCUUGCCGCUCGCAUAACCGACGUCCGCCGCGGUGCUAACCCGAACGUCAGAGAUAUCGACCACACGAAGAUCAGCCACGUCCUGCGGCUGCUCGCGACGUAUCACUGGCUGCAAGAAGUGCGCCCCGACGUGUUUGCGAACAACCGCCUAUCCUCGUUCAUCGACUCAGGGAAAUCUACUGCCCAGAUUAGAUCCUCGCCAGGGACAAAGUACGAUGAGACGGACGGCGUUGCGGCCUUCACGGCCACCUCUGGCGAUGAAGUCAUGAAGAUCCAUUCUGUGCUCGCCGACUGGCUGCUCACAGAUGGCGGCUUUGGAGAGAAGAUGUACGCCAGUCCGUUCAAUCUCGCGUUCAAGACGGAUCUCAAGUACUACGAGUGGCUCGAGGAGCCGGGGAACGAGGCGCGACUGGCGCGGUUUGGUCAUUCGAUGAACGGGACGAGGUAUUGGGAGCUGGCGGAGAACAUCAUUUAUGGUUUUCCCUGGCAUGAGCUCCCGCGAGAUUCUGUCGUGGUCGACAUUGGCGGCGGGAUCGGGUCCGUGUCUGUCAUCCUCGCGGAAGCAUACCCGCAUCUACGUUUCGUAGUCGAGGACCGGGCGCCGGUCGUGGCGAUCGCUCAGCAGUCCUGGGGAAACAAGCACACUGAUCUCUUCUCCUCGGGACGGGUCUCCUACCACACGCAAGAUUUCUUCGCGCCUCGCGAAUCCUUCGAAGUCCCAGGCCUCGGUACUAUCUCCCAGCCGACGGUGUUCCUCCUCCGCGCCGUCGCCCACAACUGGCCGGAUGAAUACGUUGUCAGGAUCCUGAAACACCUACGCGCGGCUGCCGGAGAGCACACGAAGCUUCUCAUUGUCGACAAUCUCCUCACGUUUGCCUGUUUUGACGAAGACAGCAGCGCAGAUAUGCGUUCCCUUGUACCCGAGGGCUCUCCGCUCCUCCCCAAUCUCGGACGAGCAAGCACCAAUGCGUAUAUCCUUGACGUUUCGAUGAUGGGGAUAUUCUCGGCGAAGGAACGGACUUACCGCGAGAUGGACGCGCUGAUGCAGAAUGCGGGGUGGAUGAUUGAACGCGUGAAGCGGGCGGUGGGCUCGUUAUGGGCAUACACGACUGCCACCCCCGUCUAG